GAGUAAGCACCUACCACUUUAAGCUCAGCUCCACACUUCCUCUGCCUCUCUCUCUCUCUCUAAGAAAUCAAACAGCGCACCACCGGAAAAAUAUCGCGCCACCACUGCCACAACCGCCGUGGACCAACCCUUUCUUUCUGGUUUGUCUCCUUAGACUAUUCUCUCUCUGCUUUAAAUAUAGAGGUGACUGGAUGGGGUGCACGGCGUCGAAGCUGGACAACGAGGACACAGUACGGCGGUGCAAGGAGCGUCGCCGCAUGAUGAAGGAAGCCGUCUACGCCCGCCACUAUCUCGCCGCCGCUCACUCCGACUACUGCCGCUCUCUACGCCUCACGGGUUCUGCCCUCUCCGUCUUCGCCGCCGGCGAACCCCUCUCAGUCUCCAAUAACGCCCCCGCCAUCCUCCUCCACAAUCCCUCCCUCCCACGCUCCGCCUCCACCAAUCCCACUCACCCACGUGUCCCCUCGCCCUCUCCUUCUUUCCACGCGCCACCAGCACCACCGCCUUUUCCUCCCUCCGCUUCUCCAACUAUUCCCAGCUCCAAACUGCCUCAUAUCCUCUCCGCCUCAAGCCUCCCCUCUCGCCACCACCCUAACAACCGCAAGAAACCCAUCAGACUCCCUCACAUUCUCUCCGAAUCAAGCCUUAACGGUUCUUCCCCACAAAGCCACCGCAAUAACUUCAAUCCCAACGUACCCAAUAGGCCAAACCAUUACACUUACGACGCACAAUCAACCUAUUCUUCCACUCCCUCACAAGCCUCCUCUGUCUGGAAUUGGGAAAAUUUCUAUCCUCCAUCCCCUCCAGAUUCAGAUUUCUUCGAACACAACCGCAAAAAAACAACAACAACAACAACAACAGCGAUAACAAUGAUGAUGAUGAUGAUAAGGCCACUAUGUAUUCAAAUUCAACCUAUGCGACCCAUCACAAAAGUGACAAACUCCAAGCUCAAGAUCGAGUCCAUGACAAACUUCACCACCAGCACCCCCUCGACUCUGACUCUCAAUCUGAGGAGACAGAGAGGGAGAGAGAGGCAGAGAGAGAAGAGGUUCAAUGCAGUGAGUGGGGCGAUCAUUACAGUACAACUUCAAGCUCUUCUGAUGAAGAAGAAGCAGAAGUUAGAGAGUCAAGAUCUGAGAUCGGGACGAGGAAGUCGAAUGUAGGGUCAUCUGUACACAAUUAUGAGCCGAAAGAGACUCCGGUGAUAGGAGCUAUGAAUUCGAAAUUAUCUGACGAUGCUGGGUCUUCGGUGAGCUGGAAUGCUGGGAAAAGCGAGAUCUUUUCCUCCGAUAUGAAGAUUGUGGUGAGGCACAAGGAUUUAGCUGAAAUUGUCGCCGCCAUCAAAGAGUACUUCGAUAAGGCCGCUUCCGCCGGCGAACAAGUCUCCGAGAUGCUCGAGACUGGCCGUGCUCAGCUCGAUCAGAGUUUCAGUCAAUUGAAGAAAACUGUGUAUCAUUCCAGUGGAUUGUUGAGUAACUUGAGCUCGAGCUGGACUUCGAAGCCGCCAUUGGCGGUUAAGUACAAGUUCGAACCGGGUUCCAUCACUGAGACGGGCGGGUCCAAGGGUCUUUGUUCUACUUUGGAACGGCUCUUGGCUUGGGAGAAGAAGCUUUAUCAGGAAGUGAAGGCUAGAGAAGGAGUAAAAAUUGAGCAUGAAAAGAAGUUGUCGGCACUACAGAGCCAAGAGUACAGAGGGGAUAUGGAUGCAAAGUUGGACAAGACGAAGGCCUCAAUAACAAGGCUGCAGUCCCUUAUUAUGGUUACAUCCCAGGCUGUAUCUACGACCUCCUCUGCUAUUAUCGGUCUAAGAGACACUGAACUUGUCCCGCAGCUUGUUGAAUUCUGUCAUGAGUUCAUGUACAUGUGGAGAUCGAUGAACCAGUUCCACGAAGUCCAGAAUGACAUUGUGCAGCAAGUGCGGGGUCUGGUCAACCGAUCAACCAAGGGUGAAUCAACCUCAGACCUCCACCGACAGGCAACACGUGACCUUGAGUCAGCUGUUUCUGCCUGGCACUCUAGUUUCUGCCGCCUAGUGAAGUUCCAAAGGGACUUCAUCUGCUCCCUCCAUGGCUGGUUUAGGCAUACUCUUCUUCCUGUUAACAGUGAGCCAACCAAUGGCAAUGGGGAACCUUCUGAGGCGUUUAUGUUCUGUGAUGAGUGGAAGCUUGCCCUUGAACGUCUACCAGACACAGUUGCAUCUGAAGCCAUUAAAAGUUUCAUCAACGUUGUCCAUUCAAUAUCUUUGAAACAAACAGAGGAGCUCAAAAUUAAAAAGCGAACUGAAUCUGCGUCAAAAGAGCUUGAGAAAAAAUCUUCAGCUCUUCGGACCAUAGAGAAGAAGUAUUACCACUCAUACUCUAUGGUUGGCAUUGGGCUUCCUGAUACUGGGCCUGAUAAUGGCCAUGUGUUGGAUGCACGAGACCCCCUCUCCGAGAAGAAAUCAGAGCUUGCAGCUUGCCAAAGGCGGGUAGAAGACGAGAUGCUAAGGCACUCUAAGGCUGUAGAGGUGACAAGAGCAAUGACCCUAAAUAACAUUCAGACGGGCUUGCCUGGAGUAUUUCAGGCUGUGGCGAGUUUUUCUGCCUUAAUUAUGGAAGCGCUUGAGGUAGUGUGCACUCGUUCCUAUGCCAUCAAGUAGAUAAAACAUAUAUGUUGUCGAAUACUAUUAAUUUUUCUUUUUGUUUCUUGAGGUAAGUUGAGAAUAGCAAGGGCCGCAAUUUUUUUUUUUUUUUUUAUUAAUUUGUCAAUAUAUGUAAUUUAGCAGUUUUGUCAUCCUUUUUGUUGGGGAAGGGGAAUGUCUCUGUACAGAAAAUUGCUUGCAUUAAUUUAUCAGAGGUUCGCUUUUUUC